UACGGUAGAAAGAAAAAUGUCGCUAACACUUCCAGCCAAUCGGGUGACCGGUCACGAUAUUUGAAAGUACUCGUGGGUAAAAUAUAGAUAGGGAGCUUCUGGUGCUGUGAGUGCUUUAAUGCGUCUAUUUAAUUUCAAUCUUCCAGAUUUUUUUUAAAGCCGCUGGAUCUUGACAGAAGGUGCCUGAAGUCCUAUUGACUAGUUGUAUUGCAGCUGGUUUUGAGGAAGCAUGGAAGCAAGUUUCAGGUCUGAGAUCUUGUUUCCAGGCUUCAAAGAAAGAUAUUCCACAUCUUCGCUAGACAGUGGCUUCAGUGACUCAUUUCAGACCUCAACAUACGAGGCAGAUGAAUCCAAAGAUGCCAAACAAAAACCUGUUGCAGAACACCAAACAUGUGUAGAGCCGUCAACUGGAAACCUUCUAGCGAAAUGUUCUCCUGACUCUUCCAGGGUAAAGAAUGACUUUCAGUGCUCCCCGCUCUGCUGCUCAGAACAAGGCAAAAAAGGAAAAAAUGUUUCGUCUAGUUUCUAUGAAACUCCAAGACCAUCCAAAAAAGAUGCCUCAUUGCGACGCCGUCUGCUUAUGUCAAAAGCUGCCACACGAGGGAGUACAGAUAAUCUUAGAGCAUCUGUUGUUAGCCGGUUGUCUUUCAGCAUUUCCAGUUUUAAGGAGAGUGGUUCAAAUGAAGUUGUAGAAUUCCCAGAAAAUGAGCAUUUUGAAGCUUUAGCCACUAGUACACUAAAAACAGAAGAACAUGUUUCUUCGUGCAGAAAAAAAAGGUUCUUAUUCUCCCAGAUGAGAACAUCAACUGUUGAAGAGCCAAAAAGUGCAGCCAACCAACCACCGUUACCAGAAUGUAUUACACCUGUGCAGUUUGGAUCACAGAAUGAACUUGAUGAAAGCAUUAUUUCUUGUUUUGCUCAUGAACACCUUAGCCAAGAGUUACUGAUGACCCCUCAGUCCAACAAGUUCUCCAAGCCCAUUCAAGACAAAUUUCUAACUCCAGUAAGCAACCUUGCAACAAAGUUUCAAUUGAAUUUGUUGGUCUUAAGUACACCACCUGUGAUACCAGCUGUUAAGCUAGACACCUCCAUACCAGAAGACAGUGGCUUCAAGUCGCUUGAUUUGGAUAAAUCGGAGUAUUCCAUUCAUGAGCAUGAUGGUUCUUUCCAGGAACUGCUGCCACACAAAUGCAAGGAAACCCCCAAAGUGUUGGAAGCUAAAAGAAGGGCCUGGCUAGAACGGCUCCGGAGACUAUCCACGCUUAGGGAAGGGGGCUCUCAGUCAGAGGAACAGGUGGAUUCCAAUACAUCUGUUACAAAAGACUUGAACUCCCCGGGCAAGGUGAAAAAGGAACCCGUUGCUGAGGAAGAUGAUGAACUGUUUAAUGAAACCACCCCUCGCAAUAAGAGUGUUUUAAGACUUGAGGACCUAACAAGAACCCCCGCUUUACAGGCGGUGCAUGCAAUGUGCCUUAGAAGUGCCAGCAAAGUGCCUCGGCACACCACUGUGGAGGACUUGCUCGGCCUGUCUGAGGGGUCCAAACCAUUUGAAACUACAAUGCCUCUGGCAGGGCUUAUUGGCAGAAAUAUGGGGCUGAGAGAACUUGACAUCCUAGCAGAACUGAAACACAGGCACUUGAGACAUGUGUUGGCUUUGAUCUUAAAUUGUCUUUCUCCCGACGACAUUUACAGAUUUGGACAGGUAUCUGAAGUCUGGAAUGAAAUAGUUUUGCAAGACAAGAUGAAGAAUCGAAUUAGAAGAUCCUACAUGAAACAGUUAAAGGCUGUUGCUGAGCAAGGGAGCCAGACUCGUGUUCCAGAUGCAGAAACCAGACUAAAUCUCCUAAGCCGAUCCGCUCUGAGGUCUGUCCAGGCUCAGGCAACGGUCUUGAGUACACCCACUCCAGGCUCAAAUGGACUCCCUUUUACACCUAUUGGAGGCAGCAAUGGAAAGAAGUUAGCAAGUAAACAUGAUGCAUAUUUAAAGGUCGCCAAAACCCUCUUCAAUGAUGAGUCAUUAUGGCCUUGUCCUAGGUGCCAGUGUCCUGCCAGGUGUCAUCCAGUUAAGAAGCAAGGCAUAUGCAGUCGUGAAGAGUGUGGAUUUGAUUUUUGCACGUAUUGCUUCUGUGCAUUCCAUGGGUCCAAGGAAUGUUGCAGUCCGUCUACAAAACGUCAUACCAAAAAUGAGCUGCUUCCAGGAAGCGCCAAGAGCAAACGCAACUUAAAAAGACUGUGAUGCUUUGUAUAUAGUACCUGUAGGUUUAGAAAUAUUUCAGUUUUUGAAAUGUUUUAUUAAUUAUGCAUCUGUAAAUUUGCAAUAGAACCUCCCAAUCAGUGAUCCUAACUUUGCUGCUCUUUAAAUGCUUUCUUUUGUAUAUACUUUUAACUUUGUUUUAUAUAGUGAUGGUUUUGUUAAACCUGUAUUUUUUAAAUAAUUUCCAAUUUUAAUAAAUGGUGAAUUUUAUUUUUGUACAAGACUGCAUUGCAUUUGAUUGAAAACCUAUUUUGGUCAACAUUAAAUGAGGAUCAAGGAGCACGUCUGAUAACGAGUUUCCUCUUUGAGAUUAAUCUUAAUUCAACUAUUGAGUCUGCAAUGGCAUUUGUCGGUGCUAUUAAUGGUGACAAUCUAACUGUACUUUAUGCUCCAAUUGCAGCAUGUGCAUUGCUUCAGGCUCUAUGUAAAAUAUAUUUAGAUUAUUGCCACUAGAUGGCAGAUUACUGUCAAGAGUUUAAAGCACUAUUUUUUUGCAUUUCUGCUUGCUAAAGCAGAAAGCAUUUUUUUCUGCUAACCAGCUGGGCAGAAUAAAACAUUGAUUGGUUUAACAUGAUCAAAAACUGGAGCUGAAACUUGGUACCAGGACACCAAAAUGCAGUUAACCUUGUAUUUAUUAUUUUAGUAAUUUUAUAUUUCAAAUACAAUUCAUUUUUUUACUUUUAAAAUGUACUGACUGUAGCUGUUAGUCUUGUCUCCAUAUCUUUUAUAAGAUGCACCUUUUUUUAGUAAGAUUUAGAAAACAUGAUUGUCACUUUAUGGAAUCUCAUUCCUGAAAGUCAGCUGCUGAUUUUGUUAAAGCCUGAUUUUUGUCUUGCAAAUCCAAACAGGGUUAUCAUCAUAGAAUUGUCUUACAAUAUACCUGGUACCACAAUGUUCUAAUGACUUCAUGCUAUAUCCCAGGAAUGUAGGAUAACAUCCUUAUGGUUUGUGUGACUAAAAAAGGAAGAAAAGCCUUUUUGUUUGUUUCUAGUUUUGAUCUGCACUCAGUUCACACUCACUGUUGAAAUAUACUGACUGAGUAGGUUUGCUGUG